AUGUUGAAAUCAUCGAAGCAUCGCGACUAUCUUGUACAAAAAGGACACAUGCGGGUCGACAAAGAAAUCGGAGUUGUCCAUCUUGUGGGGUAUCCCGUUUUGAUUCGAAAUAACCUGAAGACCCAGUUUCUUGAAAUGUUCGAGGAUGCCAUUCUGGUUUCGCCAUCGUACUUCGCACGAGCGGCAAUUUUGGAAGGUGUCAAUGUGCCGGUACAAGACUUUGUUAGAUUUACAGACGGGUCUGAUACUUUCCCUCCGACAUUCUUAGUUGGAAAUUCGCUUUGCUCACUUGUCUCCUUAUUUAUUCGCUCUCAAUUUGUCGAGCAGAAAAAUACUUGGCCAAUCAAGCUUCAAAGCUCGGGUGUAUCUUAUCAUGCAAAGAAUGACACAAUUGAUCUCGCAUAUGGUCGCCAGCGCCUCAAACAUUCUAUUCUUGCCUUGGCUAUUACUGACGAACAGAUGGAUCAGUUUGCUAAUGACAGUAUGACUAGAAUUGGAGCAUUAUUGGAUGAGGGCCUUAUGCUGGACAUUUCAUGGAUCGGUGACUACAUCUCUCGUCGACUAAACAUCACCGCCGACAACGGCGACUUUCUACGAAUGGUCUACGUAGAAACAAAUGUGGAUCGAGUUCUCGCAAGGAUCUUCGAUAACUUAGUAGACGGAGGAGAUAUACCCAAGAGUUUGCGAGACGCCGUGGGAAGCUCGGACGCAGUGUAA